GUCAGUUCAGAGCGCUGGACAAACUUCUGUUACACACAUGAAAGGCUUUCUUGAGUCCUGUGUGAAAUAGGCUACUGAAAAUCAUACAGCGACUUUUAAACGCAAGAGUCAGGCAAUAAUGGAAAUACCAGCCAUAAAUCUUAAGGCCAUCGUAUUGGUUCAUUGGUUACUGACAGUCUGGGCAUGUUUGUUUCCUUGGCUUCCUUACUCUUAUGUGUCAGGGAACAUGAGUGUUCUUGCAGUGGGAGUUUGGGCUAUAGCACAGAGAGACUCCAUAGAUGCAGUUUUAAUGUUCUUGAUUGGGUUGGCUGUCACCAUCAUGACUGACAUUGUCCAUUUUGGAUUGUACUACACUCAGCCUGAAGGCUUGUCCGUGAGCACUAUGCGUGACACGUUCCGCUUUAGUGUGGGCAUGGCCAUCCUGAGCCUGAUCCUUAAACCUGUUUCCUGCUUCUUUGUCUACCAGAUGUACCGUGAGCGGGGUGGCGACUACAACGUCAACUUUGGUUUCCCAACAAUAACUCGAAACAGAGAUACCUACCAAUCCAUUGACCAGCAAGAUCAGUCUGGCAGCACUGCCAACCCAUUAGGCCAAGCAGAAGACAACAAGCCUGGACCACGUUCCUACUAAAACUGAACAAACCCAACAUUUUACCAAAUACCAACCAGUAUGUGCAGCCAAAAGCCAUCAGUGUUAGUUAUUUAAAAAAAUAAAAAAAAAUUCAGAGAGAUUAUUUGGUUUUAAUAUUUUCUUAAAGGGGUAAUGACAUGAGGAAUCACAUUUUCAUUGAUCUUUUGACUUAUAAGAGGUCAUUGUACUAUAAAAAUGCACUGUAAGUUUCCGAACUCAAAACGUCCUCCUCAUUGCAAAAAGAUCAUUCGUUGAAACCACGAUGCCAAAAUGACUCUCUACUUGUUCUCUACUUCCUCCACAUUGUGAUGUCACACUGUGGUAGACAUUUGAAUAUGACCACCUCCAUCAUAUCAACGCCUACUUUGCCUUAUCACUUCCGAAGCCCUGCACGGAGAGCAGGUCAGUCAAGAGCAGAGAGCCAAUCAUAACAGUGAGUGUUUACUGUCAGGUCUUAAAGGAGAAGCAGCACCAAAACCAAGCGUUUCUGACAGAGGGUCAGAAUGAGGGUGGAAAAUUGUAAUUUACAAAUAUAUGACUGUUUUUUUUUGUGCAUUAAAAGUGAAGCUUUUGAAAAAAAAAAAGUGAAAGGCGUGUCAUGACCCCUUUAAGGACUUUAGCAGUUCCUGUUAUUUUUAAAGAAUAUGUUGCUACAGACAUUUGAGAAAAUAAAUGUUACAUCUAACAGCAGGAAAUAAAAGGCAAAGUUUUUGGGCAAAAAGGUCAAAUCAACUUCACAUCUGCUUUUCCAGGAGUUCUCAUGUUUGGAUCAUGUAAUUGAGAGGUCUGUAGGGCAUUUCUAUAUUUGCUCAAUACAAAAAAUAUACACUAGCAUGAAUAAGCUGUUUUCAAAGGAUGACCCCUCACUUGGUUUGUGGUAUUGAAUGAUAUUCUCUAUUUUCGGGCGUUUAGAAGCCUCCUGCUAAGUGUCCAUUAGCCUUUAUUUGUGAGGUAACUUGUCAACACUGUUCUUCUUUUGCAGUUUGUUUGUACUUGACACUAUGGCCAAAUGUAUGUGGAAAAUUGGACACUCCCAUAUGUGCUUUCAGUAUUCCAAUUCAUCCCAAUGGGGUUCAGGUCAGGGCUUUGUUCAGGCAACUGAAGUUCUUCCACACCAGAUUUAGCAAACCAAUUCUUCAUGGACCCCUUCAGUAGGAUCGUGGUCCAGGGGCAUUGCCAUGCUGGUACAUAAAAGGGCCCUCCCCAAACUGUUGCUACAAAGUUGAAAGCAUGCAUUUCUCUGAAAUAUUAGUGUAACAGCAUAAAGAUUUAUUCACUGGAAUUAAGGGGCCUAGUCAAACCAUUUCAGUAAUUAGAAAAUGAUGUCCACAUACCUUUUGCCAUGUAGUGUUGUCAUAGUUUUUAACAUUUACCUUUUAACAAACCUUAAAGGAUAGUUCAACCAAAAAAUUAAAAUUCUCAUUUACUCACCCUCAUGCCAUCACAGAUGUGUAUGACUUUCUUUCUUUUUUUGAAGAAUAUUUCAGCUUUGUAGGUCUAUAAGCAAGUGAAUGGGUGCCAAAACCUUAAAAGUACAUAGUGCCAUCAUAAAAAUAAAUCCAUACAACUCCAGUGGAUUUAUGCAUGUCUUCUGAAGCAAACUUCUUCGCUUCUGGCCAGCUGUGGUAUGCACGGUCAUAAGGGUGGACCGCCCCUCGCCUGACGUAAACACGUUGGCAUGUCGAUAUCAUUGGAUCCCUCAGCUGGUCUGAAAUCAGCAGGGGAUAAUGUUACCCAAGAAGCUUACAUUAUGCAAGAGGCAGCCUGUAUUCGACCCUUAUGACCAUGCGUACCACAGAUGGGUGGAAGUGAAAUUUUAUAGUUUUAAAAUAUUGAUAUUUUUCUUACACCUAGCGUUUCCUCUCAGAAGAGAUUAUUUAAUCCACUGGAGUCAUAUGGAUUACAUUUAUGAUGCUAUGGCCACCAUUCACUUCGCAUUGUAUGGGCCUACAGAGCUGAAUAGUUCUUCUAAAAAUCUUAAUUUGUGUUCAGCAGAAGAAAGAAAGUCAUACACAUCUGGGAUGUUAAGAGGGUUAGUGGAUGAUGAGAGAAUUUCCAUUUUUGGGUGAACAAAUCCUUUAAGUAUAUUUGCUGUUUGAUAGGUACAGCAACAUCAUCUUUCAAAGAUUCAAAAGUUCCUAAAUGUUCAAAUCAUUUGCCAUGUAAUAUGAUCUCUAUUUACAGUGUGAUUCAUUUGAUUGGUCAUGCACACUGGAUUAUGUAGUUGCUAAAUUUAGUAAUGCUGAACUUUGAAAUCUGAGAAUUGAGAUUUUUCUAUGAAAUUCUGCAACCUCUAAAUCAGAGGUGAUGAAAUGGGUUUUGGAAUGAGAUACAUACAUUUAAAGAUAAAUAUGUAAAUUAAUGCUAAGCACAUCCUUAAUAUGCAAAGAAAUUACAGAUGGUCUGUUAUGAAGAAAAUGCCAAUAUCAGCUUUCCAAUUUCAACAAUGUAACAGAUUUCAUUCAUUUUAAUUCACCAAUGCCGUAGUGCACGUGCUAUGGCACUGUUUGUUUCAAACCCAAAAAAGGUGCUUUCUUAAAAGGGUUCACCCAUAAAUGAAUUUGAGGUCAACUAUCCCUUUAAGCACAAUCAUGAGUGUUAUUUUGUCAGCUAUGUAAGCUCAUAUAUAAUAUAAGAUGUACUAGUCUAUGACGUCCAAUUGCAAAUCUCACUGUUUCACUUGUAAUAAUAACCAAGUACAGAUGCAGUGUGUAAAUUUAUUAUUAUUUUUGGAAAGCUGGAUGGUCAUAGUGCAAAUACUUGGGUGCAAUGUAACUUCAUGUCAAUAUUUUCAAAUAUGCUUGUCUUUUAAUUAGAUUUUAUAGUCCUCUUCAUUUGCUAAGUGGUAGCAAACACUUUUUAUUCCCACUGUUGUCAUACCUACUUGGUAUAUUACAUGUUGUCAUAGAAACGCCACACUGCAUGAAACAUUUAUUCAUUUAAAUUAGAAUUGUGUUUUGGAUAAUGUUGCAGCUUUCAUUUGCAGAAAGGGUCAUUAAUGUGAUCUUGAUGAUAAUGUUUCAAAUAAAGGAUGUGGUGAUGAUUGUUAUUUCAAAGAUUAACUGUGUUUUUAGGCCUCUACACCAGCAUACUUCCUUUAUAUUGUCAUCUGUUUUUGGGUAGGGUUAGGAACCAGAGAUGAUUUUUAACAGUUUGUUUAAGAUAUCUAUGAAUAUUGACCUUGCAGAUUUUCAAAAAUAUCCACACAAUUAUGGUUUUUAUGUUAUAGGGUGAAUAAAGGAAAUGUGGAACACUUUGUUCCUGUGGAAAAUGUAGAGGAACGUUUUUGAAUGGCUUUUUAAACAUUGUUAAUGAUAUUGUCUGAGGGGUUAAGACAUAUGCCAUUGCAAACUUCACCAAUUACAUAUUAUCAAAAAGUGUCCCACUAUAUCUCUAUUCAUCUUAUAUUAAUUAUGUUUUAUCUCUAUAACUCAUUUCAAUUCUCAUUUUCCGACAUGCUUAAACACAAAUUGACUUAUUUAUUGUAAAACUCAUGCUGUUGAUGUAAUG